AUGUGUCCAUCUCUCUCUCCUCUCCCCUCUCUCUCUCCAUCUCUCUUAUCUCUCUCCCCUCUCUCUAUCUCUCCCCUCUCUCUCUAUCUCUCUCUCUCUCUAUCUCUCUCCCUCUCCUCUCUCCCCUCUCUCUCUCUCUCCCCUCUCUCUCUAUCUAUCUAUCUCACUCUCCCCCUCUCUCUCUCUCUCUCUCUUAUUAUAUUUCUUCUCUACUUCCCCCCAGCGUUCUUUCGCUGCCAGUUAUAUUCUUCAAUACUCUUUUUUUUUCUUUUACUUUUUUCUCUCUAUCUCUCCCCUCUCUCUCCUCUGUCUCUCUCUUCCUCACUCUCCCCUCUCUCUCUUAUCUCUCUCCCCCUCUAUCUCUCUAUCUAUCUAUCUCUCACUCCUCUCUCUCUCUCCCCUCUCUCUCUCUCUCUCUCUCUCUCUCUCUCUCUCUCUCUCUCUCUCUCUCAUUAUUAUUAUAUUUCUCUGCUUCCCCACCGUUCUUUUCGCUGCCGGUUGCUAUUCUUCAAUACUUUCUUUUUCUUUUUACUUCUUUCUCUCUCUCUCUCUCUCUCUCUCUCUCCAUCAUCUUUAAGAUUCACAGGUCUCUUUUUUUUGUUUUUCUUCACUUUUUCUACCACAUUAUCAUCUUCGUCUGCUCCUGAUUGUCUCGUUUUUUCUAUCUUGACUCAUCAUCGCUCGUUCUCUUUAUGCAUGUUUAUCAACAAAUUCCGUUUUAACGCUUUAUUUGUAUCUAUCUAUCUAUCUAUCUUUCUAUCCUUAUACCUAGCUUUAUACCUAUCUGCUAGCUGUGCGUCUAUCUAUUUGUCUGUCUGUCUAUCUAUCUAUCUAUCUAUCUAUUUAUCUGUGUCUGUCUUUCUGUCUAUCUAUCAGUUUAUCUGUCUGUAUUUGUAUAUAUUUUUUAUCUGUAUGUAUAUCUACUUCCGUAUUCCUAUCUAUCUAUCUAUCUAUCUAUCUAUCUAUCUAUCUCAUUUUGUUAAUCUCUAUCUAUCUAUCUAUCUAUCUAUCUAUCUAUCUAUCUAUCUAUCUAUCUCAUUUUGUUAA